GUCCGGUGGCGGUAAUUUACUAGGCCAUGCACCAUCCACAAUUAGCCAUAUGAUUUGGUUGGCUCGUGUAUCAACUGCACGAGAGCUAGGCAUCGAACUGGAUGUUGGCCUAACUUGUUUAAACAGGUGGUAAACUAACUUAUUAGCCACAUCAAUUAGAAAUAGCGAUUCACGCGGAGAGAAAAAUCGUCCCAUGUGCAGCACAGAGCAACCAUGGAGAAAGCUCCCCCGCACGUGCUCAUCUUCCCUUUCCCACUCCUCGGCCACAUCAACUCCAUGCUCAGGUUAGCAGACCUCUUAUGCCUAGCUGGCAUCCACGUCACCUUCCUCAACACCGACCACACCCACCACCGCCUCCUCCGCUCAAACCCUAACCUCCUGGCCGGCCGGCCCGGCCUUCGAUUCCGAACAAUCUCCGACGGCCUCCCGGUAGACGAGUCCCGACGGCCCGCUCGGUUCACGGACCUCUUCUUCUCGCUCAGAUCGGCGACGAAACCGCUCCUCAGGGCGAUGCUGGCCGGUUCCGGCGGGCGGCCGGGAUCUGAUGACACGGUGACGUGUAUUGUGGUGGACGGGCUCUUGACGUUUGCGAUCGAUGUCGCAGAUGAGCUUGGGAUCCCGAUCUUCAUCUUUCGUACGGCCAGCCCUUGCAGCUUCUGGACUUUUUUCUGCGGUCCGGCACUCGCUGCAGGAGGUGAGCUCCCAUUUGAAGAAGACGACAUGGAUCGGCCCAUAAGAGGCGUGCCGGGAAUGGAAGCCUUCCUCAGACGUAGAGACCUGCCGAGUUUCUUCCGAGUCAAACAACUCAGUGACGUGCAUCUCCAACUCAUCUUGACCGCAACUCAAGACACGACUCGAGCUUCGCGCUUCAUUCUCAACGCCUUCGAAGACAUUGACGGCCCCAUCCUGUCCCAUAUCCGAGCCCACUGCCCCACAACGUAUGCCAUCGGACCGCUCCACGCCCACCUCCAAUCUCGACUCACCGAGUCAAACGAUUCCCCACCUACCGAUUUCACCCCAUCUUCCAUCAGCUUCUUGACGGAAGACAGGUCCUGCAUGACGUGGCUUGACUCCCAGCCACACAAAUCCGUCCUCUACAUUAGCUUCGGAAGUAUCGCGGCCGCGACUGGGGACCAGUUGCUGGAAUUCUGGCACGGCGUGGUCAACAGUCAGACCCGCUUCUUGUGGGUCAUGCGCCCGGACAUCGUUGAUGGAAUGGGUCAGAUGCCAGCCGAGCUUACGGAAGCAACAGACGAGAGGGGGAGACUUGUAGGAUGGGCCCCACAAGUGGAUGUGCUGGCCCACACGGCGGUGGGCGGGUUCUUGACUCACAGCGGGUGGAACUCGACGUUGGAGAGCGUGUCAGCGGGAGUACCGAUGAUUUGCUGGCCCUUUUUCGCGGACCAGCAUAUCAAUAGUCGGUAUGUUGAGGGGGUAUGGAAGGUUGGUUUGGACAUGAAAGAUAGAUGCGAUAGAAGAACGGUUGAGAUGAUGAUCAGGGAGUUGAUGGAAGGGAAGCGGGAAGAACUGGUGAAAUCGACGGCUAGGAUUGCUGAUCUGGCGAAGAGAAGUGUGAGCCAAGGUGGGUCAUCAUACAUGAGUUUUGAGAAAUUGGUGAAGGACAUCAGAUCAAUCAACUCCGGGCCGCAUCCUGAUGGAGGAAAAUGAUACUGGACGGUGUCAGAGACUCAUCUUCAUCGUACAUGGGCAUAUAUGAAUCAUGACCAUCCAGAUUGGUUCACCAUUUAAAAAUGAUAAAAUCCGAUAAUC